UAUGAUCAAAGAUGGCGGGCACCUCCGACCCACUGGAAGAUAUGCUAUUUUCUGAGGUGGAUGAAAAAGCUGUGAGCGAUUUAGUGGGCUCUUUGGAGUCACAACUUGUUGAACGAAGCAACCCUGCAAAUACUCAGUCUGAAAACAGAGGUGCUGGGUCUACAGUCACUGCAAACCAUCACUUAGGGAAAACGCUACCAGCCCAAGUGGGUAACGUUACUACACUAGUACAGCAGCAGCAACAACAACAAGGACAACAUGAAGCUGGGAUGCACCAGGCGAUGAACUCUAACGAAAUUAGCUCAGAGAAAACUGUUACAUCUUCUUCGCUGAGUUCUAUUCCGUCCUUUGAGGAAGCUUCCACCACUUCAGGGACCGGGGUAAACGCUACCAAGAGCGGUUUGCAAUCGCAUGGAACAUCAUCUAUCACAACAGUACCUGCAUCUGGUGGUGUAGCAACUUCUCCGCUUGUCAACAACAGCAGCAUCAUCAGCAGCACCACCACCAGCCGAGGUUCCACUCUGGCUUCAGGUCAGACAUCAACAGACAGUGUCGAUCAUCCAAGAAAACGCAUAACUGCAUCGUUACGGAGUGCAUCGGCGGGAAUACAGAGUUUGAACGGUACCGGAGGAGCGGCAACGUCAAGGAAUAAUCCCCCUGCGGCGGGAACUGAUGCGUUGAUUAAUAACGUUGGCACUGUGUCUAGCAGUGCAAGUGCAGCAAACUCAAGUCGGACCGUUGACGUUACAUCUUGUGUAAAUACGACGAAUUUCACUUUAUCUAGCUCCAGCAUUUCCUCAACUCAAUCAGCGAUUCCCCUGGAUAAGGGGACUCCUACUAUUGCUUUGCAAAGACUACCAAGUCACAUUGUAGCGAGCAUCGCGCAGAAUGGAAAUGGCACUACCGUCUCGGCCUUGGUUAAACAAGGCGCGAUAGGACCGAUCACAUCUGCAGCAGCUUCGCAAGUGAACCACAAAAAAGAGGGUUCUGAAGCGAAGUCGGACGCUCCCGUGCAGUCCAAAAUAGUAAUGUCCAGUCCGUUAGGUGUUGUCAAUUCCGUAAUAAGCUCUCUUUCCUCUCCCUCUGCUGUUUUCAACCUAGCAGCGACUUCUACUGCAAGUCUUGUCAUGGCAAAGCCUGCUGUCAAUGUUGUUGGACAAACUGUCACUACAACGGUUGGAAUGGUAAGGCCAGCGUCACCGUCUGUGGCCACAGCUACACAGCCUCUGCUUCAACUGGGAGUCCAAGCAGCUCAAAGGAUUGUUGCCCCCCAGCUGAUUGUCAGACCCCCCCAACAACAACAGACGACCAUUCAACUGCCACCUGGGUUUACCAUCCCACCGGGAAUGGUGUUGGUGCGCACUGAGAUGGGUCAGCUGGUGAUGGUCCCACAGCAGGCCCUUGCCCAGGCACAGGCCCAAGCCCAGGCCCAGGCCCAGAACAACAUCCUCCCCAGAACUGCCACCCCCACUGCAGGGGCCACCUUCAGAGCAACUACCCCACAGAAGGGCCCCAUGGCGCUGGCUGUGGCAGUGACGACUCCCCAACAGGCCCCCGUGGUGAUGGCCCCCCAGGCCCCCGUGGUGAUGGCCCCCCAGGCCCAGGUCCAGGCUGGGGCCCAGGCUGCCUCGCAGCCAGCCCUUCCCCAGCAGACCAGCGCCCCUGUAGCCCCAGGAGCCUCUGUCAUCUCCCAGGAGAUGCAGGAGAAUGUGAAGAAGUGUAAGAACUUCUUGGCCACCCUGAUAAAGCUGGCUUCCCACAACUCUCCGUCACCUGAGACCUCCAAAAAUGUCAAGUCACUGGUCCAGGAUCUACUGGAUGCUAAGAUUGAGCCUGAGGAGUUCACCAACAGACUGCAGUCAGAGCUCAAGUCGUCUCCUCAGCCCUACCUGGUCCCCUUCCUCAAGAAAAGCCUCCCGGCCCUGCGGCUGUCUCUGCUCAACAUUCAGCAUUCCCUGAUCCAGCCUCUGCCGCAGGCCAAAGCCACCCCCAYCACAGGCACCAGCUCUGCCAUCAUGGCCGGCCCAGCUGUCCGCGGCYGCCUCCCCAACAGCGUCAGCACCACGGGGGCCAGUGUCGGGGCCCAGGGACACACAGCUGCYCUGAGGUWCUMCCUYCUCUAUUCUGGCUGCUGA